AUGCGUUGGGGAAUUCGGACCGUGAAAUGCUUUUCAUGCUUCAGGCCUGAGAAGAAGACGUCGCCGAGGAAGACGGGGUCAGGGGAGGUCGCCACCUCCGCCGUCGCAAAUGCCACCGUCUCGACGCGAUCUGGAGCACCCCUCAUGGAAUCUGAGGCUCCAAAACAUGGGCAAUCAUCCGAAACAAGAGCAAACGGUGAACCUGCCGAAAGGUCUAGCAUGGCCAAAAAUGCAAAAGCAUUCACAUACCGUGAGUUAGCGACAGCCACCAAGAACUUCCGCUCCGACUACCUUCUGGGAGAGGGGGGCUUUGGCAGGGUCUACAAGGGACAGCUUGAAAAUGGCCAGAUUGUAGCUGUCAAACAACUAGACCUGAAUGGAUUUCAAGGCAACCGUGAGUUCCUGGUUGAAGUCUUGAUGCUCAGCCUCUUGCACCAUCCAAACCUGGUCAGCUUGGUAGGCUAUUGCGCAGACGGAGAUCAGCGGCUACUGGUGUACGAGUACAUGGCCUUAGGUUCACUUGCAGAUCACCUGCUUGAUAACACUACUGAUCAAAUACCACUAAGUUGGCAUAGAAGGAUGAAGAUAGUCCACGGAACCGCUAAGGGUCUCGAAUACCUCCAUGAGAAGGCUAACCCGCCGGUCAUCUACCGGGAUCUCAAGUCCCCCAACAUCCUUCUUGAUGAGGAAUACAACCCUAAACUCUCAGACUUCGGGCUCGCAAAGCUUGGGCCUGUUGGGGAGAAGACACACGUCUCAACUCGAGUGAUGGGCACAUAUGGGUACUGUGCUCCAGAAUAUAUAAAAACAGGCCAGCUAACUAUCAAGACUGAUGUGUACAGUUUUGGGAUAUUCCUACUUGAGUUGAUCACAGGACGAAAAGCUGUCGAUUCAUCUAAACCAGCAAGUGAUCAAAUCUUGGUUAACUGGGCAAUGCCCAUUAUCAGAGAUAGGAGAAGGUACCAUGAGUUAGUAGACCCUCUUCUUAGAGGUGAAUACCCAGAAAAAGACUUGAACCAGGCUGUGGCUGUGGCAGCAAUGUGCCUACAUGAGGAAGACUCUGUGCGGCCAUACAUGAGUGACGCUGUUGUUGCAUUGGGAUUCCUUGCAGAAGUGCCCGCUGGCUGUGAAGAAAAACCUAGUAGCGCGCCCCAAAAGAAACAGGCUGAAGAUCCCCCAUUAUCUAAUGGAACUCAGCAAGAUAAGAGCACAUUCGAUCGUCAAAGAGUUGUUGCUGAGGCCAUCGAGUGGGGCGCCAUGAGGCAAAAACAGAAAGCUCAAACUCAAGGAAAGACAACUGAUUCCCAGUGCAUUACAGAUCCUACUGAAGCCAACAGGGUGUAAAAAGCCCAUGAAAUCCAUGUGUAAAGUAUUUUAGGCUCCCUUGACUAGUAGCUUUCCAAAUUUGUGCCUGAAUUGUCAUAUAGAAACUAGAAAG